AUGAAGUCGCAAGUUCCAAACAGUGAUGAUGAAGAUCUUAAUAUCGCAGCUCACUUACACCUCGGCAAACAUAUGUUGCAAAAAGUUAAAUCAUUCGGCGAUCGGAUUAAUGCUGCGACGGACGAACGUAUGACAUUUAACGAGCUCGCCCAACAGUCUGUCGAUAUCGCCCUCUCGCUUGCUCAUAUUGGCGUUAAAAAGGGAGAUAUAGUUGCCAUAUGCAGCUCUAAUAGGAUGGAAUAUAUACCUAUUGCUUUUGGGACCUUAUUAGCUGGCGCUGUACUAGCUAACAUCAAUGAGAACAAAGAAAUCAUUAAAAGCGACACCGACAUUGAGAAGACCAUUGUCUUCGACGAACCUGUGGAGGGGGCGAUACAUUUUAAAGACUUCUUGAGCCAACACGCGAGUGUCGAGGACUUCGAAGCGACUCCUGUGAACGGAUGUGAGGAUUUGGCAAUUAUUUUGUUCACAUCCGGUACAACUGGCAUGCCGAAAGGAGUUAGACAUACUCAUUACAGCUUCCUGUGCUCCGUCCAGGAUCCCUCAAUUAGAAUACCGAGCGCUGAAGUAGGGAGUCGAUACUAUGGUAUGACAGAAUUUGGCUGCAUAUGCAAUGCGAAAUCUUCAAGGUUUGGAUAUCGGCAGGGGAGCGUUGGUGGGGUGCGGAAAAUGUUCGUUGUUAAGAUCGUAGACGUGGAGACAAGAGAGCCUCUGGGGCCGCACCAGCGAGGGGAGAUUUGUUGUAAGUCACCUACACUCCUGCAAGGCUACAUCGGCGGAGAAGUCGAUUAUUUGGACGAAGAAGGCUUCUUUAAGACCGGCGACCUGGGUUACUACGACGAAGACCAAUACGUUUAUGUCGUGGACAGGAUUAAAGAUAUAAUAAAAUACAACUGCUUCGCGGUGUAUCCAUUUGAGCUGGAGGCGGUGCUGCUACAGCAUCCAUCAGUGCACGAAGUAGGAGUAGUGGGCGCUCCACACGGGGAAGCACAAGAACUGCCUACAGCCUUCGUGGUGCUGAAACCUGGUACCCAGGUCACCGAACAGGAGCUCAUAGAUUUCUUUAAUAAGACCGUGGCUCAAAAUGAAAUGCAAAUGGCGGGCGGAGUGCGUUUCAUAAACGAACUGCCGCGAGGCGCUGGACUUAAACUGGACAGAAAGAAGCUCAGAUCAAUGUUGUAA